AUGGCGUCGACGGAAAGCAGAACGAAAAACUGGAAAGAUUUAGACAUAACUCCCGAAGAAGUGGAGCGUCUGUCAACCGCUUUAAAGAAUGAAGAGUUUAGAAAACUAUUUGUCGAGUAUGCAGAGGAGAUCUCUGACCCUGACAACCGCCGUAAAUAUGAAGAAGAGAUCGCUCAAAUGGAGGGUGAAAGGGGCAUGGACAUCACGUUCAUAAACCCAGAACCCGGUUAUGUUCUCAAAACUACUGUCAAUGGUGAUAACAAGGCAUUUAUAAAUAUUUGUAGCAACGAGCAUAUUGAAAAGCCUAGCUCCACCAGUCAGGUUGGGCCUGAUGGAAAGAAAGGACUCCAGUGGUCAAUCCCGCACUCCUUUUCCCCUGUCCGGGAUGACCUUGAUAAACUGUCGAAAAAGUGCAAGGUUUACGAUGUCGUGUUUCAUCCCGACACUCUUCGGAUGGCCAACAGCAAUGAAAGGUUCCAAAAAAUUAUUGAAGACACUGCGUUUGAUGGAAUAAUGCGGUCUUUUGAUGUGAAAUUGGACAAGAAGAAUAAAAAGUUGCUAAAGAUGAAGUUCAAAGGAACCCCGCAGGCUACCGUCAUUCGCAAGAAAAAGUCUGAAUCUUCGAAUGAAACCCCUGCGUCGACGGAAACCAAUGGAAACACAGAUGACCCGUUGAAUUUUCCCUAUCCCUAUGACAAUUGUACAACAGAUGAAAAGUCGAAAAAGAUGCAAGAAGAAAUACUGAAUAGGGAAGAAGCGAAACGAAAGCAGGCUGAAAAGACCCAAGUCAACGGACAGAAUGAAAAAGAAGAUGAUGAUGAUGAUGCAGUGCCAAAAUACAGUAUUGUCCAUCGUUCCGAACUUGACAUUCAAGAAUACAGAGAUGCCCCUGAUGCAAGGACAAGCACCAGACCUACUGAAUUGGUUGUUACUGUUGACCUGCCUUUGUUGAAGUCGGCCGCCUCUGUCGAUUUGGACAUCAUGGAAAAGAAGCUUAUCCUGAUCUCAACCAAACCAGCUGCUUAUAAACUGGACUUGAAUCUCCCGUACCCAGUUGACGAGGCCAAUGGAAGUGCCAAGUUUGAUAAGAACAAGAGAAAGUUGACAGUAACGUUGCCCGUUAUCCCUGAUGAACGAAAAGGUUUGACAUUGGACAUUGCACCAGAUGAAAAUGUACCAUCGAAGCCGGAGGGUCUGCCCGAUUUAAUCCCAGUGAAUGAAGACCUCAGUAAUUCUAAACCGUUGAUUGAGGUCUUGCAUUCUGAUGACUUUAGUAUGCCUGCUCAACAACAAUCAAUCGAUUCUGGUGAUCUCCCAGACUCCUCAGGAGAGGGAGAAGAUUACAGAGACGAAAAGUGCAUUUGGUCCAGUGAAGAUGUUGGUGAUGAGAAGUUUGUUCCAAAGAUCUCGUAUUCUUUCCCGAACAGCUACGAUGUGAGUCAAGAUGAUCAAACGGUUAGCUGUGUUAUCCAGGUUAAAAAAGUUUCCAUUGAUAGCGUCAGCAAAAGUUUCUCGGCAGAUAAAAGGACAGUGACUUUGAAAUUUGUUACUGUAGGUGCAGGGGGAUUUCCCUGCCAUUACUGCUACUGUGUCCGGUUUCCUGAAAGUUGCAGUUUUGUCCCAGAGCAGGCUGGCGUGGAUGUGAUGGAUGAGAAUCUGGUGCUCUUGUUACUGAAAGAGAAAUCCUGCAGGCAGGAGUGGAAAAGCUAUCAAGUUGGCCUGGAUGAAAAUUCUUUUGAAGAGAAGCUGUUUGUAACAGAGGAAAGCCUGGGUGAGAGCCUAGACCACCUGACAUCCGAGGCCAGUCACAGGGACACGACGAAGACCGAUUCCCUUCCUCCCUUCAAAGUAUCUGAUCUGAAUGAGGAGAAAUUGGUCAUAGAAGUUGGGGGUAAUCCAUUCCUCUCCGAUUCUGACACUGAUCACUCUCCACGAGAGAUUGAAGUGGUCCACCAAAAGGCCACACCAAACAUCCCAAGUAUCCUGAGGCGAACUGUCUCUGAAUCCAGCGCCAGUGAUGACCUGUCAAGCAGCUGGAAUGGCCGAAUGGGAGGUGAUCCUGCUUUCAGCCGGGAAAGUUCGCGCCAAGAUUCAUGGUCUGCAUCAGAGACAGAGACUGGUGAAGGAAGGCUGCGUAAAUCUGUCUCCUUCAAUGAGCAUAUUGAUAUGACGACGUUCAGAUCGACGCAGGCUGUCACAACCAUGAAAACAGCACUGAAAAGUAAACGGCGGCGCCAAAGGAAGAAGGACCAGAAACAGGAUCGUCGACGCAGGCACAGCAGCACAGGCUCCGAGUGCAGUAGCAGUGAUGAUACGCCAUUUAUCGGAAUGCCGCCUUGUGGCAAAGCAGGGAACCUCGAUACACUUCCUGACGAGACCAGUGAUUUGAGUCUGCCACAAAAAGAUGUGGAUAGGACUAUUGGUAGAGAUGAUGUACAUGCUGGAGGGAUUGCUAAUAAAAUUAGUGAUGAUGAGUUGAGGACUAGUGUGAGUGAUGAGGUUGUUGGUGGAGAUUCCAAUGAGCAACAGGAAGGGGAUAGUAUGGAGAAGGAGGAGGAGGAUUCUGUCAAACAGAGCUGGGAGGAACUCGGCGAUGCAGACACUGACAAGCAGACGCCUGACAAUGCCAAGCAGAUGUCAGACAAUCUUGUGGCUGACGGGUUUAAAGACAAGAUAAAAGUAUUGAGUAAAGAGGCAGCUAGUGAUGAUGAAGAUGAUGUUGAUGAAAGGACUGGGGGUUCUUGUGAUGGGGAUGCUGCUAACUCUUUGAGUUGGGAUGACAAAGCUUCCUCUGGUGUUGAUUGCUAUGAGAAUGAACACAAGACACAAUGCGCAUUUAACUUCAGCAAUAGUGUGAUCUAUGAUCUUGAUGUAGAUUAAUCUCAGGGUGUCUUUCACAAGUUGGUUACUUAUUCCUGGUUUUCAAGUCAGUUGAUUAUGGCUCUAGGAAAAUUCGUCCCCGGAAAAUUCGUCCCCGGAAAACUCGUCCCCGGAAAAUUCGUCCCCUAGGAAAAUUCGUCCCCAGAAAAUUCGUCCCCGAGGAAAAUUCGUCCCCGGAUAAUUCGUCCCCGAGGAUAAUUCGUCCCUGGAGAAUUCGUCCCAGAGGAUAAUUCGUCCCUGGAAAAUUCGUCCCCGAGGAAAAUUUCGUCCCCGGAAAAUAUGUCCCCUAGGAUAAUUCGUCCCUGGGAAAUUCGUCCUCGAAGAUAAUUCGUCCCUGGAAAAUUGAACAAAAGUUGAAAGUUUCUG